AUGGAAAAGCAUGAUGCAUGGUUACAAAUACAUUUAGAGAGACCUAUUUAUGAACAGGAAGCAUUAAAUAAAGAUUAUCAUUAUGAAAAGCCUCAUAUGUCUGUUGCAGAAAAUGCCAUGAAUAUUUUGAGGUCUAAAAGCUGGAGAACAUGCUUGACAUCUGCAAUUCCUUCAGUAAAUUGGUUGAGGGAGUAUCAAUGGAAAAAAACCAUAACAUCUGACAUAAUUUCUGGUUUGACUGUAGCAAUUAUGCAUAUUCCUCAGGGCAUGGCUUAUGCAUUGCUGGGAAAUGUACCACCAGUAGUGGGAAUAUAUAUGGCAUUCUUUCCUGUUUUAGUAUAUUUCUUUUUUGGUACAUCUAGACACGUGUCAAUGGGAACUUUUGCUGUGGUUUGCUUGAUGACUGGGAAAACAGUGAUGACUUACACAAAACCACAUAAUGACAUGAGUACAAACGGUACGGGUUUAAUGCUCAACCAUCCUGGGGAAGAUUCAUAUACAUUUACACCCAUGCAAGUAGCAACAGCUGUCACAUUGAUGGUUGGGAUAUAUCAGAUUGUAAUGUACAUAUUUCAUUUAGGCAUUAUAAGUACGUUACUUAGCGAGCCUUUAAUUAACAGUUUCACAACUGGUGCAGCUGUUUAUGUUUUAAUAUCCCAAAUUAAAGACCUGUUAGGUAUAAAGAUUCCAAAACAGAAAGGAUACUUCAAACUUAUUUUUACAUUGAUAAGUAUUUUUAAGGAGAUACAGAAUACAAAUUUAGCUGCUUUGUUUAUAUCGUUAAUAACAAUCAUUGGGCUUAUCUGUAACAACGAACUUUUAAAGCCAUGGGCAAGUAAGAAGUGUAGCAUUCCAAUACCAAUUGAACUGAUCGCAGUUGUAAGCGGAACUUUAAUUUCAAGAUAUUUUUGCUUAUCUGAAACAUAUAAUAUUCAAGACGUGGGUGAUAUCCCAACAGGACUUCCAGCACCUGAGAUACCAACAAUUGAAUUAUUACAUCUUGUAGCAUUGGAUAGCAUUGCUAUAACUAUGGUGUCAUACACUAUAACUAUAUCAAUGGCUCUGAUAUUCGCGCAAAAACUUAAUUAUAAAAUUAAUUCAAAUCAAGAACUUCUUGCAAUGGGCUUAAGUAAUGUCUUUGGAUCGUUCUUCUCAUGUAUGCCAGUGUCAGCGUCUUUAAGUAGAUCGUUAAUUCAACAAACUGUUGGUGGUCGAACACAAAUAGCUAGUGUUGUCUCUUGCUUGAUAUUAUUGACUAUUCUUUUGUGGAUUGGUCCGUUUUUUGAACCCUUACCAAGAUGCGUUCUAGCGUCGAUCAUUGUAGUAGCUUUGAAAGGAAUGUUUCAGCAGGCCACUCAGGUGAAAAAAUUUUGGAAAUUAAAUAAAUACGAUGCACUAAUUUGGAUUGUUACAUUCUUGAUGGUUGUAAUAGUAAAUAUUGACGUUGGUUUACUUCUUGGGAUUAUAAUGUCACUUGGAAUUAUUCUAUUGCAAACUAUUAGACCUUACACUUGUUUACUCGGGCAUAUACCAAAUACGGAUUUGUAUUUGGAUUUGAGUAGAUACAAGGCGGCUGUGGAAAUUCCUGAAUUGAAAAUUUUUCAGUAUUCUGGUACUCUAAACUUUGCAAAUUCUAAUUAUUUUAAGUCAGAAUUGUACAGAAUAAUUGGAGUGAAUCCGCACAAAGUCAUGGAUCAUAAACAGAAACUAAGAGAGAAGGGCAUUUACAUGGAUACACAUUAUUCAGAAGACAAAGAGGAAUUACGUUGUGUAAUUAUGGACAUGAGCGCCUUAAGUUAUAUCGACUCUAGCGGCGUAUUCACAUUGCACUCGAUUAUAACAGCGUUCGAUGAAAUUGGUGUUCACUUUUACCUUGCACAUUGUACAAGUCCCAUUUUUGAAACGAUAGAAAAAUGUGAUCUGUAUUUGCACAGUAAACUCACAUUUAAGAUUUUCCCGACGAUACAUGACGCGAAAAUAUACUUAGAAAAAGAACUUCACAUGAGAUAAUGUACACACACACACACACGCACGCACGCACGCACGCACGCACGCACGCACGCACGCACGCA